UUUCGCUCUUUUAUGGACUGUACCACUUAAAUAUAUGGAGAACCAAUGUUUACGCUCACAGUAAACUACUACUAGUACGGUGUUGCACGAACCCAACCCGGAACCCAAAUAUUGAAUAGGGGCUUUAGGACUUUUACAUGCAUAUGAUCUGUUUUACUAAUGUAUUGCUUUUUAUUAUGCACACACACUUGCCCUGUCUCACUAUCAGAUGGUACGGAGCAGGGAAAGACUGCCAUUUUACACACACUCCCCUUCCCCGGCCGCUUGCGAACUCCAAGUCUUAGUAAAUGUUGGGGACAAAUAUUUGUUACCACAGUGGCUUAUAAUUAAAAAAUACGUCUUAACGCAUAAUCUUUUUGUAAACACCAACCUUUGUUUACUUUCUUAAGCAACACAUCUGCCAUAACGUUAGGAAGGCACAGUGUUAGUGAAAGGACCUGGAUGGACAGCCUGGACCAUGAAACCUUGUACCUGUCUCCGGAGCAGCCUGGGCAAGCACAGCCUGAGCUCUCCAUUCUUGCCCCAGAGGCUGCAAACAUGGGGGGUGGAAAAAAGAUGAAUGGGUCCUUGGACAAUCCGGACCAGCCAGACAUGGACGCCAUCAAGAUGUUUGUGGGCCAAAUUCCACGUUCCUGGUCCGAGGACCAGCUCCGGGAGCUGUUUGAGUCCUACGGAGCUGUGUACGAGAUCAAUGUUCUCCGAGACCGCAGCCAGAACCCCCCACAGAGCAAAGGGUGCUGUUUCAUAACAUAUUACACACGCAAAUCUGCCUUGGAAGCACAAAAUGCACUACACAACAUGAAGAUCCUACCAGGGAUGCACCACCCAAUCCAAAUGAAGCCCGCCGACAGUGAGAAAAACAAUGCCGUGGAAGACCGAAAGCUGUUCAUAGGAAUGAUCUCCAAGAAGUGUAACGAGAACGACAUCAGGCAGAUGUUCUCUCCCUACGGCCAGAUCGAGGAGUGCAGAAUACUGCGCGGCCCAGAUGGACUCAGUCGUGGUUGUGCAUUUGUGACGUUCACUGCUAGACAAAUGGCCCUGUCAGCCAUCAAGACAAUGCACCAGUCACAGACAAUGGAGGGCUGUUCUUCGCCCAUUGUGGUGAAGUUUGCAGACACACAGAAGGACAAGGAGCAGAAGCGAAUGGCCCAGCAGCUCCAGCAACAGAUGCAGCAGCUCAACGCUGCCUCCAUGUGGGGCAACCUCACUGGACUCAACAGCCUGGGGCCACAGUACCUGGCACUUUAUUUACAGCUGCUGCAGCAGUCAGCCUCUGCAGGGAACGCACUCAACAAUCUGCACCCUAUGUCAGGUCUGAACGCCAUGCAGAACUUGGCAGCACUAGCAGCAGCAGCGGCGGCAAGUGCCACACAGGCCACAUCCUCAGGCUCGAGCGCCAUGACAACAUCCAGCAGCCCACUCAGUAUGCUCACCAGUUCAGGCUCCUCUCCCACCUCAAGCAACAACUCAUCAGUAAACCCCAUGGCUUCUCUAGGAGCCCUCCAGUCAUUGGCUGCAGGCGCCGGAGCUGGCCUCAACAUGAGCUCACUUGCAGGCAUGGCUGCCCUCAAUGGUAGCCUGGGCGGUGGGAACCUGUCCAAUGGCUCGGGGAACACCAUGGAGGCUCUGAGCCAGGCCUACUCUGGCAUCCAGCAGUACGCCGCCGCCGCACUGCCCAGCCUCUACAACCAGAGCCUGUUGUCCCAGCAGAGUGUGUCAGCGGCAGGGAGCCAGAAAGAAGGUCCUGAAGGAGCAAACCUGUUCAUCUACCACCUUCCCCAGGAGUUUGGAGACCAAGACCUUCUUCAGAUGUUCAUGCCGUUUGGGAACGUAAUCUCCGCUAAGGUCUUCAUUGACAAGCAGACCAACCUCAGCAAGUGUUUUGGCUUCGUCAGCUAUGACAACCCGGUGUCAUCACAGGCGGCCAUCCAAUCAAUGAACGGUUUCCAGAUUGGCAUGAAGAGGCUCAAGGUGCAGCUGAAGCGCUCUAAGAACGACAGCAAGCCCUACUGAGACCGCUGAGGCGCUUUGGACUUGGUUGAGAAGGGUGCUGUUCCCUGGUAAGUGGAGUGUGAAUAAGGCCUUUUGCUUCCUGCACACCCACCCUGCCGCCCCCACUCUGCUCUCCUGUAACUCCUCCUCACCUCUUCCCUUUGUAUAUUCCAGGGUGAGUCUCUCUCUCUAUCUCGCUGUCUCUCCGUUAGGCUACGCAGGCACUGAGACCAUAGAUACACACCACUUUCGUUUUCUUUGUUUUCUUACGUUGGUUGUUCUUUGUGGAACAAAAAAAUAACUGGAUUCUUGUGAUCUGUUGGGAGUUUUGAGGGUUUAUUUAUCCUUUUUCUUUUUCAAGAUGAGAAGGAAAGGCAAGUGUUUUUUGUAAGAUGUUCUAGCAGCUUGCUGUGAUAAAUUAUACAUACAUAUAGGAAUUUAUAUAUAUUUAUACACGUUGUUCAUUAAUAUUGAUGUGUUGCGCAUUGAAUUUGUUGCCAAGAUAUGCCUUUUUUUUUCUGCUUUCUGCUCCGUGCUUCUACCUACUAAGCGUAACCUCUCCUAAGCACACCUUACCCCAUCCCACAUCAAGAAGGAAGCUUCUCUUUACCUUUCCUAAAGAUGCUCUCUCUUCACAGUUGUGAAGAGAGAGAGCAGAAGAUAGCUGGAUUUGAUACCGCAAACAACCCCCAAAACGUCCCCUUCGUCUCUGGUCCUUCCCUCUCUAUGUUGCUCCUCCAUUGAGAAGUUUUGCACUUCAUACACCUGUGAUGGACAGGCAUAAUAGAUGAAUAUAACCAAUAGGGGAAGAGAGGAGCUGAAUGGUCAAAAAUGUGCAUUUUCUUUAGAUCUAAAUUGACUCAUCGACGCGUCUUUUUUUAUAGUUUCACAGUCUAAUAAAUUAUUUAAUAUUUGGACGAUACAGGAUAUAUUUGCUAAAUCUAUUGUGUUUUUUCUGUUAGUCCUUGUUUGCCUUCAUCUCGGUCUGCAAUGUGUGCAGUAUGAGAAUAAUCCAUAGAUUAAUCUUAGAUUAAUGCCGCACUUGCCUUUGGCUGGUCAUUCUACAAAGUGAAGGUUGUUGGUCUGGUUCUGACUGAAAUAAACCGCUAUUUUGAAUUUGCACUUCACGAGGCGGUCAGUGGUGUUUGGUCACCAUAUAUGGGCUGUCAUUCAAUUCAAUUUUCAAUUCAGAUCACCAAAGCAGCUACACCCUUGGCCCUAUGUCAAAUGCUGCAGUGCAAAGAGAGCAAGCAUAAACAAGUCAAUUCAUCCAAAUGUCAAAACAUGAUGUUAUGGGUUAAUUUCUCUGAGUCUAUGAUAUCUGUAAUAUAGUUUAUUCUGUAUACAUUGCCAAGUGUACAUUAAUCCUCAAUGUAGUUAUGAUAUCGUACUUCUUCAGUAUAUUUGUGCUUGUCAUCAUUUGUGUUUUGAAACAAACUGGUUUGUAAGAAAUGUCCUGCUUGUUAGUAGCAAAAAUGAUUGAGCAGGUUAACUGGUAACAAAUUGUUUGUUUCAAACUAUUUGUAAACGAUUUUGAUGAUCGCAUACUUAUCUACUGAAGCCUACAGUACAUUGUUUGUUUUAAACUAUUUGUUCACGCAUUUUGAUGAUCGCAUAGUUAUCUAAAUAAAUUUUGAAGAGACACGUUGUCAGUUUGUUAGACGUUCAAGAACUCUUCACAUAUUUAUAUUUUUAUUUAUUUUUUAAGCAAGGGAGAGCUAAGUAAAUGUCCAUACGAUGUAUAUUACCAACAAAAACUAUAAUGCCUUUUCUAUUUUUAUAAAGGUUUUAUACUUCGUGUGUUUGGGACCUAUAGGACGUUUCAAGUCCAGCUUCCUUAAUGAAACUCAUGUGUCGUUAUCUAACCAUUUCAGUGUUCUCUUAUGGUGCUGUGUAAUGCCCUAAGAAGUAUGGAACUACAUGUGUGUAGGAUCCGCGGCAAGUGUUGCUAAUGACAAUAUCAAGCCCCCUUACCAUGCGCUGUUGUCAGUUUCCUCUUUUAUAAAACGAAAAUAGCAGAAAUUAUAUCUUUCCUUCAAUUAUUAUUUAAAGGAGUACGCCGAGCUAUCUGUAAAUUGCUGUUUGUCUGUCUUGUUAAGAUUCAGAUCAGUCUUUUAAGACCAAAUUCAUACUUGUGCUUCCAGAAGGGGAGUUCACUAGCCUGGGAACCAGACAAAUAUCUAGAGCUCAUUUUUGAUUUUUCCUGCAGUUAAGGUCUUGCUCCCAUACAAAAAGAUUUCUGCCUGUUACGGGAUAGACCUACCAUUCACAACCGUUUAUCUAAGAUGAGGCAGGUUAAAUACGGGGAUAGUGCAGAGGAGCGCUGUAGAGUAAUUGUCUACAACAAAGAUGGCUGUUGCUGAUGUAUAAUAGUUUGUUGAUUACGCCAGGGGUUCUCAACCACCGGGCCGCCGACUGGUACCGGGCUGCGGAGCAUUGGCCACCGGGCCACAGAGAUUUAGAAAAAAAUAUAAAGGAAACGAUUUUAUGCUUUUAUAUGCUUAUUGCAUACUGUUAACAGACGAUGAACAAGCUACAGUAUAUCAGAAUCAGAAUCAGUUUAUUUUCGCUGAGUUCUCACAUAAUAAAAACAAGGAAUUUGACUUGGUAAAACUAGAUGGCUAGUCUUGCCAGGGACCUAGUAAAUAAGUCAUAAGUUAAUUAAAGGAUAGGGCAUUCAUGAUAUCUAUGACAAUAAGAGACGUUCUCCAGUAAAAAAGUGCAAGUGCUCACAUGGUGGAGAGGGGGGCGGGAUGGUGGUGUCUGUGUGUGGUGGCUGUGCAGGGGAAGAAACUGUUCUUGAAGUCCUGGUCUCCUGCCGGAGGGGAGUGUCUGAAAAAGACACUGGCCGGGAUGGGAGGGGUCGGACGCCUUCUUCUUUUACCCUCCCUAGGGUCCUGGAGGAGUGCAGGCUAAGCAGAGAGGGCAGGCUGCAGCCACUCGCCCUCUCAGCAGUGUGGAAGAUGCGCUGCAGUCAGUGUGCAGUCUUCCCUCGUCCCUCGCUGUGACAGCUGGGCACCAGACUCGGAGGGAGGAUGUGAGGAUGGACUCUAGGGUGGCUGAUUAGAAGUGAACCAGCAUUGAAAAGGGCAGGUUGCAUUUCCUCAGCUGCCGAAGAAAGUAGAUCCUCAUGCCUACCCAGAAAGACAUGCCUACCCAGCUUCACAUGCUGCUUCCUGUCGGACAGGAGUCAGUGAUCCACCUGCAGGUUGAGUCAGGCACAUUUCACUUGGGGGAGUUUGUCCUGCAACCUAGCCGGGAUAAUGGUGUUAAAGGCAGAACCAAAGUCCACAAAGAGUAUCCUAGAAUAGGUGCCAGUAGCGUCCAGGGUGCCAUUUUGACUGUCAUCCACAGAUCUGUUUGACCUAUAGGCAAAUUGCAGGGGAUCCAGAUGGGGGUUGGUGAUGGGUUUUGAGGUGAGACAGCACAUGGCGUUCAAAGGUUUUCAUGGCUACAGUGGUCAGGGCUAUAGGUCUGUAUUCAUUAAGUGUGUGAUCUUUGCUUUUUUCGGCACAGGGAUGAUGGUUGAGGCCUUGAAGCAGGCUGCCACCUGAUUUGUCUCUGAGGUGUUAAAGGUGUCAGUGCACACCUCAGACAGUUGGGCUGCACAGUGCCUCAGGGUGAAUCCCCUUGCGGGGAUCUGCCUCUUAAACAGUAUGUUCACAUCUCUCAAGUAUGGAGAGAGAGGUGGAGGUGGUGGGGGGGGGCACCUAGAGUGACAGGCAGGGGAGGUUCAGGGUUAGGGGACAGGGUGGUUGAGCAGGAAGGUGGGGUGGUAGGGUCAUUCCAUUUCCUGUCAAAGCGGCAGUCAAAGUCAUUUAGGCAGUUGGCAAGUUGGUGUGAGUCGUUGGUGAUGGUAUUGGUAGAUUUGGCUGAACCCCCCCCCAAACAGAGACAGAGUCACUGGCAGUGAACUGCUGCUGUAACUUUACAGUGUUCUGCUGUUUGGCAUCCCUUACUGCCUUGUUGAAUGAAUACUUCAAUGCUUUGAACCUGUCUCUGUCUCCACUCCUAAACGCUACCUCUUUUUCCCUCCUCAGCCUUUUGAGCCUAGCUGUGUGAACCAGGGUUUGUCGUUGUUGAAACAUACCCUGCUGCAUGAUGAUAUGCAAGCAUCCACACAGAAACUGACAUGGCGUCACAGCGUCUUUGUACUUGUCUAGGCUGUUGGCUGCAGUCUUAAAAACCUCCCAGUCAGUGCCCUCUAGACAUGCCUUCAGGUUCUCCACUGCCCCAACAGUCCACUGUUUUGUAUUCUGACAGCAGGUUUAGUGAGCUUCAGUCUCUGUCUGUAUGUGGGAAUCAGGUGGACUGUGACCUGGUCUGACAAGCCUAGUGUGGCAUGCGGAACCACACGGUACGCACUGCAUAUCGUACAACAGUGAUCUACAAUAUUAUCUCUCGUCAGACAUUAAAUAUGCUUUGUAUUUUGUGAGUAUUGGCAUGGGGCCGGAUGUAAAUGCCAACUAGAAUAAAAGAGGCAAACUCUCGUGGGUAGUAGAAGGGUUUUCAGUUAAGUAAGAAUGAUUUGAGAUGAGGUUGUUGCUGAUGAUGAUAGUUGUGACAUUGUUACACCAGCCGAUGUUGACGUAAAGGCAUAUUCCACCGCCUUUCGCUUUGCCGGAGAGCUCAUUGUCCCGAUCUGCCCGAAAGAGUUGGAAUCCUGACCGAUUUAUAGCGGCAUCAGGGGUGGUUUCACCCAACCACGUCUCGGUGAAACUCAAGGCAGCAGAUGAUGAAAAGUCUCUGGAUUUCCCAACCAGUAGUUGUAGUUCAUCCAUCUUAUUUCCCAGCUAGCGAACGUUGGAGAGGAAAAUGCCCAACAUUGGAGUUGACUUACCGUUGACUUACUCUCAGAGUUCAGAGUAAGUAAACGGGAACCGUAGCCCUGAUGUCCAUGAGCUUGUCUCUAGUAUACGAGCAACAAUACCCUUAGUUUAUGAUAAAAUCAAGACAAAACAAAGCGCACCAAGUUACCGAGGCAGCCAUCAGCAACGCCAUGAAGAAUGUAUAACAGUUCUGUUGGUAGACUGUUACUAUCUAUUAAUAAAACUGUGUUUUUAUUCUUAAUAAUGGUCCUACAGUACCUAUGUUCACGGAUACUGCUUCUAUUACCAUGCAGUUACAAUAGUUUAGCUCCUGUUCAUGCGAGGGGAAUACACUUUAUUUGUUUAUAGGGCCUGUCUCAACACAACAAGAUUGUAGUAUCUGCAAACACAUAGAUAAUUCUGCGCUAUUUUUGGCGCUGUGAUUCUUUAGAAAAAGUAGAAAUAGUAAGAAAUUAAUAAAAAAGUGUAUUCCCCUCACAUGAACAUGAGCAAGGCUACUGUAUCUGCAAUCCAUGGAAGCGACUAACAGAACGCAAAUGCAAACGUAGUGAAUUCGCGUUCUGGACACAAUGAAUUUGAAAUUACUAAUGAAUCUGGGUAAGACAGCCAAAUUAGCUUAAAAACAGGACUGUUUGAUCACUGCUUCAUUGUAAAGAUGUCCAAAGAGUUUCUGCUCAUAGAAUAGAUUAUGAUCUGAUGCGGCAGCAAUGUGUUUAUGGAAAUGUGUAAGUGGAAAAGUAACAGUGUCUUGUUGGAAAGGUAUUUGGGAACAGAAAAGUGUUCUCUCUCUAUCUCUCUCUCUCUCUAUAUAUAUAUAUAUAUAUAUAUAUAUAUAUAUAUAUAUUUAUUUAUUUAUUUCUUUAUUUCAAAAGGCUAGCAGCUACAAGGAAGCCGGUACAUGUCUGGACCCACACUUUCCUCGUCUCUCAAGCUCCCUGUGCUCACACAGUGUUGAAUGUUUAGGUUGUGUGUGUUUAUUAGUCUAAAACUCUGUGUGUUUGUAAGUGUCAUUUUUAUGUUCUUUCUCUCUCGCACUCUCCCUGUGUUCCAUUGUUGUCGUUGUUUAACCUCAGUUUGUCUCCCUUUUGUGUUUUUCUUUUUGUGUUUUUUAUUCUAGAUCUCUUCCUGCCCGUUUGUUCAUCGUUUGCCCUAGCAUGUCGAUGUGAGGUCACAGUCCAAUCGUCCAGUCCUUGUCCUCUACGCUUCUCUGAUGCUUCUACUUUCACUUUUAAUCUUGUGUUCUUGAGUUUUUGUUGUUCAUUUGCAUUUUUGAGGUUCCUCAUUGGUCUGUGUGUGUGUUUGUUGUGAGGGGAGGGGGGGGACUAUGUUUUGAAAGUUGGAUACAUAUUGUUGCUAGCAAAAAGAUUAUCUAUUUUUCUAGUUCCUGAUUAAAUAACCACUAGAUUUUGCUAAUUGUUAAUGACAAGAAAAUAACAGUGCGAUAUAUUUCUUUUUCUUUAAAUUGUAAUCUAUGUUCCCGAGCAGUCUUACACACAUCCUCCCAGAGUGAUGUGUUGUGAGUUUGUUUUGUGUGUGCAUAAGAGCAGCCAAUAAGUUUCUCUGUACUCACUCUUGUGAAUGAGUGACUGUGUGGGUCUUAUAGGUUAUGCAACUUUUUUUAUGUGUAUUUAUUUCCAUUUUGUUUGACCGAGGAACGAAAUAGAUUUUUGUUUUUGCAACACUAUGCCUGCAUUAGUUGAUGCGGCAAUCCUCUAGUUUUUUAUUCAAGCAGCAUAACAACGAAGAAGGAAAUUGAUAACACUUGAAUCCACUCUUAUUUUCCUAUUUCAUCUGUCGGCUCACGAUUGGAAGCACGUGUUUAUGCACUUUCUUGGGUGUGGUGAAUUAACCUAAGUUUUACCAUCACGUACACACAAAAAGCAGCGGGGGGUUGUCAUUUUUGGACACUGUUUCUGAUAUUUUAUGAAUGCAUUGUUCUUUGAACAGGCACUGAAAUUCAACUCAAGCAAAAUGUGAGGUAGUUUCUACUUCUAAAAUGGUGCCAAAUUUUUCAACACAGAUUUUAUUUUCUCCCUCAUGCCGUUUCCUCUAAAUCUUUAGCUCACUUCUUUGUUUCUUCAAGUAUGAGGUUGGUUUGUUUGUUUAUUUUUAUGGUUUAUCUAAUGCGUUUACGUGUCCAAUUUAUAACUUGUUUGGAGUGCUUAAAACUUCUUGUGGGACAGCAAAGCUUUGGGUAUACGUGCACCCAAAAAUGUAUAGAUCUUUUCACUUGAGUGUGUGAGAGUUGUGUUCAGCAUGUCCCAAGAGUUUUGUUUUAGCGGAUGAAAACUUGUCUUGUGUGAAUCACAAUCAUUAUCGUGUGUGUGUGUGUGUGUGUGUGUGUGUGUGUGUGUGUGUGUGUGUGUGUGUGUGCGUGUGCGUGUGCGCACACACAGAUCUACACAAACGACAAUACAAUUUGGAGAACAUCGGUUGUUCUCCCCUUGAAGAACAAUGGAGAACUCGGCUGUGAGGCCCCCUUUCUCGAGAAUGCGAGAAUCAUCAAGAUACAAUUGAUUUAGGAGUUUUAUUUUGGAUCUAGGAUGGCUCCAAUACAUUUACUUGUGAACAUGUUGUUUUCUGAGUCUUUCUGCUGCUAGUAUUUAACAAAAUGAAUGGAUAUUUCCAAUUUUUAUUGGUACAGUUUGGGUGAUGUAUUCUACUUUUUUAAUUUUAAUUUUCCACAAUACCCAUUUCAAAGUCAUAAAGAUAACGUAGCAUAUCUGAAUGUCUACAACCUGACACAAUGACCAAAAUCCUUCUAUAUGUAGACAGAAUGUUACCAGAUUUUUCACCCAUUGUUGCAUUAAAUUAUAAACAUUUUUGUUGAUAUACUUUGUUUUGCAUUGUUGUGGUUUGAUGUGAGAUGUAGACUUUGCCGCAGUAUUAGACAGCCAGUAUUCUUUUUUGGGGGGUUGUUGGAUAUUUGUCUUGAAUGUUAAAUUUUUAUUAAGGCAUCCAUCUUUAUUUUCCGCAGGAUGUAAAGCUAAAUUGCACACUCAAGCAGUUGUUUUUGUGAGAUGAUGUGACAUUCAUAAUGGUUGGUUGGUUUGUUUUUGUUUUGGUUAUGUACAAAUAAAAUGUUUGAAAAGACUCACAA